AUGGCUGUCGAUCAAAACUUUCGUCAUCAUCUAAUCAAAGACCUCAUGGCUCCUCAUAGACUGGAACCCGUCACACCUUCUCCCUUUCAUGAGAGAUCUCAGGUUGAGAGCAAUCGACCAUUGAAGAUAAUUGUUAUUGGCGCUGGCAUCUCAGGCCUCGCGGCUGCGGCUGGGUUGCGUCGUGCAGGUCACAAUGUCGAGAUCUUCGAGCAAUCCGCGUUCGCAAAUGAAGUUGGCGCCGCGAUUCAUGUUUGCCCAAACGCAUCCAGGAUUCUUCUGAAAUGGGGUCUUGAUCCUGUGGUAAAGCAAUUCGACGAAACAAAGAGCAUAUUGACUGCCCGCGCUGACACAUAUGAACCGAUGCAUGAGGCAGAUUGCAGUCACAUGAACGAAAAAUAUGGAGCACCAUGGUAUCUAGCUCAUAGGGUAGACCUCCACAACGCCUUGAAGGAGCUAGCUCUUGGAGAUCCUGGGAAAGGUUCUCAAGUCAAGACUUAUCUCCGGUCCAAAGUGACAGCCAUUGAGCCUAGCACAGCGACUGUCACUCUCGCCGAUGGCACAAGUCAUCAAGGUGAUCUCAUAGUCGCAGCCGAUGGAUCACACUCGUCGGCCAUCAAACACGUGAUCGGACACGACAAUCCCGCGACUCCAACUGGUACAUCGGCCUUUAGAUUCCUGAUACCAACAGCAGACAUUCUGGCGGACGAGCAGACAAAACAUUUCUUGGAGAAUAAGGACGGCAAAUUCAAAGCAAUCAUAGGCGAAAGAAAGCGUUUGAUAUGGUAUCCUUGUCGAGGCGGAACGAUGCAAAACUUCGUAGGCAUGCAUCCUGAUAAUGCAAAAUACGGCUCAGUCGAAGAAUGGAAUAUCACAUCCAACCCCUCCCACCUCCUGGAAGAAUACUCCUCCUUUCACCCUGACCUCAUAGCGGUGAUGCGGUACACAAUUUCCCCUCCCCCUUCCCCACCAUUCCCCCCCUCCAUUCUCCUCCCUAACACCCCACAGCAAAGCCACAGACGUCAAACUCUGGAAACUGCUCUACCGCCCCCUAUCCCUACCUGGCACCGCGAGCGCCUCGUCCUAAUCGGCGACGCCGCCCAUCCUAUGCUGCCCCACCAAGGACAAGCUGGCGCGCAAGGGAUCGAGGAUGGUGCAGCUAUUGGUGUGUUGUUGGCGGGACUUCAGGCGGGCGGGUUGGAUGGAGUCGAUGGGGAAAAGGGGGUAAAGGUGGAAGCAGUGGAGUUGGAGCAAAGGCUGCAGGCAUUUGAAGCCGUGCGGAGGAAACGGGCGAGUGUCAUGCAGAUUUUCAGUAAUGCCGGGCAGGAUGAGGCGGAGAAGAUUAGGGAGGAGGCGGAACGGGUGCUGGGCCCAGGAGCGAGGGUGCCGGCGAACCAAGCCGAAUUCCACGAAUUCAAUUUCGGACACGACGUCGUUGCCGAGAGCGAAGAGUUGUUAAGAGAACUGCUUGAGAGCGGUGAGAGGCGCGUGAAGAAACCAUGA